CUAAAUAGAACGUAUUGUAACCGUCCCUCAGUCCAACGUGGUUCCUCCGGCCGCGCUGCCGGUCCCGUCCCCGCCGCGCCGGGCGCGAAGUUUUCAGGACGAUAAGAGCUGCAGGAGUGUAAAGGGAAUACUUGCUAAACUCUGCCUCCUCUAUUAUUUAUGUCCAAGCAUGGAAUACUCUACUCAUCAGACGCAGUUGCUGGAAACACAGAUAGAUGUAUAAACCAACAGAUUUAUGAGGAAUCAAAGAUGAACUUGGAGCAGGAGAGGCCUUUUGUCUGCAGUGCCCCAGGCUGCUCACAGCGUUUUCCAACAGAGGAUCAUCUGAUGAUUCACAGGCACAAACAUGAAAUGACUUUGAAGUUUCCUUCAAUAAAAACAGAUAAUAUGUUAUCAGAUCAGACUCCUACACCAACACGCUUUCUGAAGAAUUGUGAGGAAGUGGGCCUCUUCAACGACAUCGACUGCUCCCUAGAGCACGAGUUUAGGAAGGCACAAGAAGAAGAAAACAACAAAAGGAAUAUCUCCAUGCAUAACACAGUUGGAGGAGCAAUGGCAGGACCUGGAUCUCACCAGCUGACAAACACAAGAAUGCCAAACCAUGACACCAGCGUUGUGAUUCAACAAGCCAUGCCAUCUCCACAGUCCAGUUCUGUCAUUACACAAGCACCUUCCACAAAUCGACAGAUUGGGCCUGUCCCAGGUUCUCUGUCUUCACUACUGCACCUACACAACCGACAAAGACAGCCUAUGCCUGCCUCUAUGCCUGGCACCCUGCCCAAUCCUACCAUGCCAGGAUCUUCUGCUGUACUCAUGCCUAUGGAGCGACAAAUGUCAAUGAACUCCAACAUCAUGGGGAUGCAGGGGCCAAACCUCAGCAAUCCGUGUGCUUCACCUCAAGUUCCCCCAAUGCAUUCAGAAGCCAAAAUGAGACUGAAGGCAGCACUGACUCAUCAUCCUGCCGCCAUGUCGAACGGGAAUAUGAACACCAUGGGCCACAUGAUGGAAAUGAUGAGCUCGCGGCAGGACCAGACGCCACACCACCAUAUGCACUCACAUCCUCAUCAGCACCAGACACUGCCACCUCAUCACUCAUACCCGCAUCAGCACCAGCAUCCGGCGCACCAUCCUCAUCCUCAGCCUCAUCACCAGCAGAACCAUCCCCACCACCACUCUCACUCGCACCUUCACGCACACCCAGCACAUCACCAGACCUCACCGCACCCCCCGCUGCACUCAGGCGGACAAGCACAGGUUUCGCCAGCAGCACAGCAGAUGCAGCCCACACAGACGAUACAGCCGCCACAGCCAGCUGGAGGUCGCCGGAGGAGAGUAGUGGAUGAAGACCCGGAUGAGAGGAGGCGGAAAUUUCUGGAAAGGAACCGAGCCGCUGCCACGCGCUGCAGACAGAAGAGGAAGGUCUGGGUGAUGUCACUGGAAAAGAAAGCAGAAGAGCUCACCCAGACAAACAUGCAGCUUCAGAACGAGGUUUCCAUGCUGAAAAAUGAGGUAGCACAGCUGAAACAGUUAUUGUUAACACAUAAAGACUGUCCGAUAACAGCUAUGCAGAAAGAAUCACAAGGAUAUUUAAGUCCUGAGAGCAGCCCUCCUGCGAGCCCGGUCCCAGCUUGCUCCCAGCAGCAAGUCAUCCAGCACAACACCAUAACGACCUCCUCCUCUGUCAGCGACGUCGUGGGAAGCUCCACUCUCACCCAGCUCGCCAGCCACAGAACAGACAUGAACCCCAUCCUUUAAAAGUGGUUGAUCAGAAACUGCUAGGGGAGUGUGGUAGCGUAUCAAAGCGUCCUCUCUGCUAAGGACAUUUGCAACUGUAACUCAAGCCUGGAAGAUUCCUCAGUUCUUGAAAGACUCUGGCUAUUCAUUUUUAUAGUUAUUAAAAUGUCUUUUAUACUUAGUUACAGAAAAGGGAGUUAUGCAAUUAAUAUGCUAUCAGCUUGAGAAAUGCUUUGGUGCUUUCUCCAUUUUUUGGGUACCAUUUACUUGUUUAUAAACCUAACUGUUUCUGUACAUAGUCAUGUUUUCUUCUCACAAAUCUAUCCUGAAGCCUCAGAAAUAAGAAGCUGUGUUAAACCACAGCUUGUUAGUCAAUGUGAGGCAUGAAAAGUAUUAAACAGAGUCAUACAUAGGUAACUAGGAGUAAUUAGGCUAUAAAUACAGAGAGAGGGCAUCUGCUGACAGCAUAAUAAAAAAGAGUUAGCCUUGUGCUAUCAGCAGACCACGUCUUGCAUUCAGAACCUCUUUUAAAGUGGUUAUAUAGGAUGUGGCUAUCAGGACAAAAUCAAGCCCAAAUAACGUUCUCUUUUGUCUAGCCCUCCCCCUUUUCUCUCCCCAACCCUGGCCUUUUUCUCCUGCAGCUGUUGUCACACCUUCCUCUUCCCUUCCCAAACUCCAUUAAUUCCCCAGCUUCUUUUUUUCCUGCUUUUUUUUUUUUUCAUUCCAAGGCUUUCUUGCUUCCCUCUUUUCCUCAAAGAAUCAUAAUGAACAAGGAAAAACUUCAAACCCACCUAAAAACUGUUGGCACGGCUGCUGCUUUCACUAGCUCUUCACCCGCAGUUGUGCUGUGCCGAGCAUUUGGCUUUUAAAAAACAGAAGUGCUCCUGAUUUAGUGUUUUUAAUAAACAGAGAAAGGGAAAAGCAGUGCAGCCACAGGUGAAGCAGGAUGGAAUGCCAGCUGUGUUGAUGCUAGCAGCCCUGUAAGCUUCUGUGGUACAGUACAGCAUAGUGAGCAACACCUGAGAAUCACAGCAAUUCUUUUGCACUGCCAGUCAUUAAUGUAGAAAAAUUCAUGUUGUAUAUAAUAAUUUGGAAAAGUUCUGUUCCCUACCCUGGUUGAAUUGUUCUAGCAACGAAAGCUAACAGCCUCAGGCUUCAUGGGCUAUAAAUGAGAAAUAAAUCAGCAUAAUGGUUUUGACCAGUUGGAAAAUGCCAUUUUUAAUUCCCAGGCAAAGAACCUACUCUCUGCAGGCAUUCCUUUAAACGUUCACCGAGCUGGCAGACAGAAGUGUAGCUUCACUGACUUUAAUGGCACUUAAAGCCUGUUUGCUGUGGGUAAGGAAUUGUUCUUUAGGACGCUAAAUAAUUUUUAGAAGGCAUGCAGUGGCUAAAAAGUGCUGCAAGAAUGCCAAGUCCCACUGCACUUGGGAUAAAAUACAGUCCUGCAAAGAGGGUCUGGAAGAGAGCCUUAUGCCACAAUUGGGUUUUUUGUUUGGACUCUGAGCCUGCCCCUCAGCGCAAUUGAUUUGCAUCCCUGAGUGUUCCCAGUGAUUGGUGGGAAAAUUAGACAGACAUGAUGCCAGUUAAUUAUGCUGCCUUGCUGUAUAUUGGGACCUGAUUUUGCUCUCAAAUCUGUCAGGAGAAAAAUCUCCCACUGCUCACCCAGGGAGCGGGCUCCAAGUUGGCGAAAAAUAUUCAAAACAUUGCAUCUUUAAUAGCAAAAUUCACGUUAUUCCCAGCAAAUCCUCUAGCCCUGAACACACUUUGUUCUGAAGUGGAGUUCUCUUUCUCAAAGACUCUGUCUUUGGUUUUUAGAGGAGUUGUGGGUUUUAAGAAGGUGGGUCUUCUCCAUGAGGGAAGGAGAGUGAAAUAACUGAGGUAUGAGGAGGCACUGUAAGGAGCAGGGUCUGUCUGGAAGGGAAAGCAAAAUUCUGAGCAUCAUUCAUUUCCAAAUUAAUUCUUAUCCUGGUAACUUUUUAUCAGUAUUCUUUUCUUUAACAGCUCACUUUCUGUUUAUGCAAAUACAUUCAAAAGAAGAAGGUUUUUAAUGUACAGUGUAAAUCUUGACUUGAUUAUAUAGUCUAAGAACCAAAAAAAAAUUACGAAAAAAUACAAAUGUAAAGGAUUUUCUAUUAUAUUUUAGACAAACAUAUACUUUUAAAGUGUUUUAAAUACCGAAUCUAUAAUUUUUUUUAAUGUCCAGUUGUAAUAGCUAAAUGGUUUUGCUUCAUCGCAGCUCCCAAGGGAAUUUUUUUCAAAUAUGCAGUUGAGCAAAACGUUCCAGCUGAGUAUCCACUAUGUAAAAACACCAAAUAAGCAUUUCCCAUGCAUCUGAAUGUCAUCAUUCACCAUCAAAAACGAAAUUUGCAUUGCAGGUUUAAUUUAAAAACUUUCCCUCUGUAUGGGCAGCACUUAAAUACGUUAAAAAAUAAACAUCAAAAUUGUUGGUAAUAUUAGAAUACCCAGCUACACUGCACUAGAAUUAUGGUUUAGCUUCAUUUUAUUCAGUGUCCUCAAUUAAAAUAUUUAGCUGUUAAACUGAAAGCCUCUACAUUAAAAAGAAAAAAAAAAGGAAAAAAUACAAAAACCUUGCCUAAGUUUUGUUAAAUUCAGCAGCUUGACAGUUUGACUGAUGUGUAUUAUAUAUAGCUCAAUUAUUUCUUUUUUUAAUGCUAACUAGGCAAGCCAACCACACAUGUUGGCCUAAAUGUGUAAUUACAAUGAAAUGUCUCCUCUCUAUACUAUUGGCCUUUAGGUAUAAUCCUUGCUAGUGAUGUGGAAAUAAGUAAAGGAUGAAAAGCUAUUUGCUAUUGCUUCUUGUAACUCUGUCGCAGGUUCACAGGCCAAGACAACAUGCAGCAUAUUUAUAUCGGCUCUAUCAUCGGGAAAAGGACCAACAGUACCAGGCACCUUAUAUUAGCCGUCAGAUUUGCUUCCACAUUAAAAUGCUCUUGUUUUCCAGGGGGAUGAUCCUGCAGCCUUUCCUCAAGCUGCUGGUCUGGCUGGGCACUGGAGACUGUCUGAGCAAGGGCUGUGGCAGAAGCCCCAGCCUCUCUAUCCCCGGGAUGUCCCUCUCAUGUGGUCAAGUGGCAGCAGCCUCUUCCUAAGCACGUCACUCUAAAUGCAUUUGCUAGGCUCUUUCCAUCAAGGAGGAAUCCUGCUUUUCCACGAGCUACUUCUGGAGACUGCUCCGCUUUCCUCUUGCCCUGCCAAUCCAGCUUGUUGCUGGGCUCAUUGGGCUCUGUGCCCUAUCCCACUGCCAGCGAAGGACAACUAAGACAACUUCCAUCAUCUGCUCUCCUGGGCACUCACAGGGUGGUGAGCCUUGGCCAGUGCCUUGCUUAGGAGGAGCUAUUUCUGUAGACAGCAUCUCUCGUCAUGUGAUACUGGAGGCACGUUGGAAAUCUCAGCCACGGACAACUGCAAUACUUUGAUUGGAAAGAAAUGAUGCUGUGAUCCAGCUCCUUCAUCCCCAGUCCCCUUUCCCCAAAACAAUUUAUGCAAGCCAUAUUCAUAAUGCUGCCUGUGGGAGACAAGUAGUUUGUGUGCUAUCAUGGUGUGUUUUAUAAGGACAACGAUGAUGAUGAUGAUGAUGAUUUAUGGAGAAUUUCACACUGUUGGAAGUUAAUUCCUGCUAUGAAGCUAAAUGUCUGCUGCCCAUCUUCUGAAUAGUGGAAAGUCAAUGGUUCAGUGCCUCAGUGCGUGUGGAUUUAGUGUUAAUGACUCAGUCCUGUUAACUAACAAGCCAGCUAUAACUGUUGUUAAAUGCCCAACUUUUGAGGAUUCAUAUUUUUUUAAGCAACAAUAUUUAGUGUUGAAAACUAGCCUUUUAGUUUAGGCAAAAUGUGCUUUUUAGCAGCUAAUACCUUUUUUAAAAAAAAAACGUAUAGAGUGAAUUUAUGAAAAUUCAUGAGGACCAAAGCAAUUUUAAAACAGGAAUUUAUUAAUUUAGUAUUCACAUAGAAUUUUAUGAAGUAUUUAUUAAUAAAUGUUAUUUUAACACAUUCCAUUUGAACAGUAUUCUUGUACAGAAACUGUUGGGGUUUUUUUAAAGUUACAAUAUUAGUUUUGCAAUAACCUACUCUAGGUGUGUGUGCAUCUUAAUCUUUCAGGGUCUCAAGCAGAAGUCAUCCAUCUAAGAUGGAAAUGCUUGCUGAGGUCAGUUGUACAGAAAUUCCUAGAAUUAAAUGUUUUCCUUAAAGCAGCAUCUGCUUUUUUUUUUCUUAUCUUUUUUUUUGGGGACAAUGAAACAAAUUAUAAGCCUUCAGUUUUUUGCCUUUUUAUUGGAACAUGUGCUCUCUCAUUCUAGAAAGCAUGAGUCAACAUAUAACUGGAAAGCCUGUCUUUUUUUUUUUUCUGCCUUUUUUUUAAGGAUGAUUUUCUACGUCACCACAGAAGAUCUAACCCCAUCCUUGUUUCUUUUCUAAUAUCACAUAGUAAGUUGCACUAUUCUGCCUUAGCAUUGCCUCUUCUGUCCUCUUACUAAGCAGUGUUCCUUAGAUUUAGACCAUUGAAACUCCAUUAUACAUCAGAGAAAAUUACUGGAGGGGGAAGAAGAGAAAAAAAUUGAUCUGUAGACAUAAAACCUAAACUGUGCCUAUAAAACAAAACCAGUUACAAUUAAUUAGUAUCUUAUUUCUACAUUUCAAUUAUUUAUAUUAUUUUAAAAUUGCACUUUAGCUCUUGCUCUCUUUCUUGCUCUCCCUUGUUGAAUCAUUUAUGAAUACUCUAGUAAAACUUUUGCACCAGGUACAUUUAUAUGCUUUCACUGGUGGCAUAUCUACAACUUGUCUCUCACACCUGCCCAAAUGGAGAAGCUGAGACCAGCCAGUCUGCAGUGUGACUUAGACUUUACACCCUCUUCAUGACAGCAUAUAAAUGUUUUAUUAUGCAAAGUGUGCGAUGUGAGGCAGCAUCUUAGCUACAUUUAUAAUCUCUCAUCCUAAGAACCAAAGUGUCCUGUAUAUUGUAAGGUCAGGAGACUGGCUCUGUUGUGCAUUCUCAUGCACUUUGACUGUUGUCCAACUCACAGUAGCUGCAAAGCUGCAGUGAUAACAGUGGCCAUACUAUGUAUUAGAGUUCUGAAUCAAUAAAAUAUAUUGCCUUAUAACUUCACUAGGGACAGCACCUUUAAAAAAAAAAAAGAGACAAAAAACUUCUAAGGACAAACAAAAGCAAUAAGAUCUCAAGUGAUUUGAACACACACACACACAAAAAUCAUUUUUUUAACAUCUCACUGCAAAGAAAAAAGAGACUGCUUAUAUUUGUAAUGUCUUUUUGGUUUUUUUUCCAGAGCUUACAGUUAUCUCAGUUUUAUCAGUGGCUUUACACUUAAGAGCUAAAUUCCUCACCAUUAUUGGUUUUCCAUAGCUUUCAAAAUGACUUUAUAGCAAAUCCUAAACUGCACGAGGCCAAAAAUGUCAGUGUUCACACACACUCAGAGACAAGAUUGAUUCUCUAAGUGGAAAUCUGAUCCUUUCCCAGGCCCUUCUUGGACUGGAAUCAAUAACUGCAAUUCGCUAUAUUUAGACCAAUGUGUAAUACCUGGGAUCAGGAUCUCCAGUUCUAUAUUUAUGCAAAUUAAAUGUUAGUAUUGUUGAGUUUCACCUGGUGGAACUGCUCACAAAGCCCAUAGUCAUAGCCUGCCAUCUGAUGCCAUGAAUGUCUUAGACCCAAAUAUCUUUCUUGACUAAAAAUAUGUGUGACAGCCUUCUGAACAAAGACUGAAAGCUCCUUCUGGCUUUGCAGGAACUGCAGCAGUGUCAAGGAGCAAGGGAGGUAGGAGAGUUGAUAGGGCAUUUCAAGGGAAAUAUUUUUCUUACUGGAAUUUAGGAAAUUCCAGAGAAACUUUUUCCUCACCCCUCGGAGCUGAGAUUACAAGGAAUUCCUUGUCAGAGAUUACCUUUAGCACGCUUCCACAAGACAAACUAUUUUGCACGAAAGGUGUAUUCACUCCUCUGAAUAAGAACAAUUGCCACUGAGAGUUUUGCCAAGGACUUUAUCAUUGGGACCCAAAUGUUUCCCAGCCCAUGGCCGUGAGCUCUGUACCCCUCUCUCUGUAACAGCUCUGUUCAAACACUGGGUAGCACUCAUUGGUAAAUGUUGCUUCUUUGGACUAUUGCCAUUGUCCUGGUUUAAGGAACUUUUAGCACUGCUUGGAGUAAGCCUAAACUAUCGAAGUUUAUAUAUAAAUAUAUAUAUAUAUUAUAUUAAAAAAAGGUGCUGUCACAGUAAGUUUUGGGCUUGAGGUUGUUUGUAUUGUAUGCAAAGGUUUUGUGUUUGUUUGUCUGUUUUAUUCUGUAAAGAAACCACCUUCCUUACAGGAGGGAGAUACUUUUUUUUUUUUUGGUACAUAAAUGUAAAUACUUGCUGCAGCAUUUAUUAUGUUUAAUUUUAUGUUAAGCUUUUUGUUGCAUUGUGAACCCAUUAUUGUUACAAAUGGACAAUGAGUUCAUUGAGACUGUUCAACUAGGUCAGAUUUUUACAUCUCUUUCUAGCUAGAAGAGACAGGAAUUUUGUGCAUUUGUACAAAUGUUAAUAAUAUCACUGCAAUUCCAAUAUAAUAAAGCACUCAAAUACAAAUA